AUGCCUGGCCCAAAAAUUUCAGCUGCCGCCCCCCAAAUCCAAACCGACACCCCACAGCCACACUUCCUAUCUCAGAACAGAACCCUAUCCUGCCCCACCCACGCGCCUGCAGUUCACUCCAUCCACCGCGCCGCCGCCGCCGCUCCGCCUAGGCUCCCCUGCCGUCGCGCUGCAGGCAACCUGCCGGCGCCCUCCCAUCAGCGGCUAUUUUCGUCGGUCAGCCCACGAGCCCCUGCCAUUGCGCGACCGUUGACCGCGUGUUCCUCCCGGCUUCCCGGUGCCGGCGUGAUUCGUCGGCCUGCUAACGAGCUUCCAAGGGAGGGGCGCUUCGACGGACACCAUACGCUGCCCGCAGUUCGCUCCUCCGCCACCUACUCGCUCCUGGUGACCAGGCGUUCCUCCUUGCGGCAGCGCGCUAGGUCGACCUGCUUACGAGCUCCCAAUGGAUGCGCGCUUUGUUGGCCUACUCGUGAAGUCCCAACGGUGGCUCCCUGCGACCCCCUGCCCCUGAAACUUCUACCUGCAGAGUGUAGUCGGUGGGAAGGAUGUUGUCUGUUGGAUAUAAGCAAAGCAAGGAAGGAGCGGGCCGAGGAAAUCGAUAAGAAGUGUACAAAUAUGCAUCAAACAUUCUGCUUUUCAAAGAUUGGCAUGGAUUUGCUUCUAAAUGCACGGACUGGUCUUGAAGCAAGGUCGAUCAAGACACUGUACGAGUGUUACUGUGUCACAAGGUCUAUUGGAUGGCCAUUUAGCUAGAUAUGCUGACUUGUGUAUAGGUGACGUACAAGCCAUAGCAUCUUCCUUACCCAUCGCAGA